AUGGAACACCCCUCUUGUCGAGGCGCAACGCCAGCUGAUCCGAGCAUGGAUCGUGAUAGCUACAACCUCAACAAUUUGAUCAGCAACAGAACAUCCUUCCUCGACCCCAAUGAUCAAGACCCAACAACAGAUGUCGAGUCUGGCACAUCAACACCUUCACCCAGCAUCCGAAAGCAACAUGACUCUCAUACCAUAUGUGACAUCUACGAUCCCAAUCGACCGAAGCUCAAGUUACGCCAACGCUUGAAGCAUUUCACAUGGGCCUCAUAUACGCUGCCAAUGUCAACCGGAGGUCUAUCACUCCUUCUAUACGCCCAACCACACCAAUUCACUGGUCUACGGACUAUCGGUCUUGUCAUGUACAUUAUCAACUUGAUAAUCUUCACCUCAGUCAGCGUUGCCAUGGCAUCGCGGUUCCUGUUACACCAAGGCACAUUUGUCAAGUCUUUGACUCACCCCCGAGAAGGCUUCUUUGUGCCUACCUGUCUCCUAUCUAUGGCCACGCUCAUCACUAGUACCGACCGUUAUGCUAUAGCAAAAGACAACGCCAACCUUGUCUGGGCUGUUCAGGCAUCGUUCUGGGGAUACUUGAUCGUCGCCCUUGUUCUCGCCAUAGGCCAAUACAGCUAUGUCUUUGCAGCCCACAGCUUCUCACUCAACACAAUGAUGCCUACUUGGCUGUUGCCGGUCUUUCCUAUCAUGCUGUCUGGUACAAUCGCAUCUGUCAUUGCCGAAACCCAACCCAAUCUCGACGCCCUGACGAUCAUUGGCGCAGGACUUACAUGUCAGGGCCUUGGACUUAGUGUUGCCGUCAUGAUGUACGCACAUAUGAUUGGACGUCUCAUGCAAGCAGGACUUCCUAACAGGGAGCACAGACCCGGACUUUUUAUGUGCGUAGGUCCACCUGCAUUCACUGCUCUUGCAGUUAUUGGCAUGGCUAAUGGUAUGCCUGAGAGCUGGGACAUCGUUGGGGGUGACGGAGCUGUCACUGUAGCCAUCGUUAAGUUGAUCGCUGUCAUGAGCGCCAUCUUUUUAUGGGCCCUGAGCUUGUGGUGGUUUGGUAUCGCUGCCGUUGCUGUUAUUCAAGCCCCACCAAAGUAUUUCCAUCUCGGAUUCUACGCCAUGGUUUUCCCCAACACAGGCUUCACGCUGGCUACCAUCUCCAUUGGCAAGGCACUUGAAAGCAGUGCCAUAGGCUGGGUAGCAACUGGCAUGACCAUUCUUAUACUAUGCGUUUUCGUCUUUGUGUUUGUAAGCCAUGUUAAGGCUUUCAUCACUCAGGAUAUUAUGUAUCCAGGAAGGGAUGAGGAUGUUGAAGAUCAUUGA